UUUUUUGCAAAAAGUAAAAAAAACGUUUCAGCGCAUCUGGCAUCCCUGGGCAGACUGUCAUUCGAGAGCUGGAAAGAUUUUUGCGGAUUUUACUGAUUCUCAAUUCUGUUCGGUGUCUUUGCUGCAUUUCUGGUCCGUGUGCUGAACAAGUAAUAAAUCCAAAAUGUCGGAUCCUGCUCCACGCCCCAUGAAGUUCCCUUACACCAUGUCGGCUCAAAUCGCCCAGUUUCCGAUUAAGCACUACUUCAACAAUCAAUGGAUUUGGCGCUACUACUUCAUUGCAUUCGGCCUUUCCAUUCCUCUGUUCUACAAAAUAAGCAAGCUCGCCAACUCGCCCGGAAAUGUUGCUAAGUGGGCCGAAUCAAAACGCAAGGAACACGCAGAGCAUCACUAAUCCUGACGCCAUGUCCCGAAUCGUCUAGCAUCGAUGUUGUGGUUGAGUGUUUGAGCAACAUGGCAAGGUGCUGAUAAAAAUAUAAAUAAAUUGGAAACUGUAUUUGGUUAUCAAAAUGUCAUCAUUGAUCCUUAAUGAAAAAGAAUAAUAUUGAAGACCUGAAAUAAAUGUAGUGAUACGUUCCCCAAAACA